AAUAUAUUCAUUUAAGUAAAAACUUAAUUGGUGACUUAUCUAAACUCAAACACACUUUCACUUAUUAGUUAUUGAAGAACUUUAAAACCGUCACAUUUUCAGUAACUAAUUAAACAAUUGCUAAACUAAUGAUAUAAGCAAAUGGACCACGGUAUAUAUCACCCCGAAACUGAUCCGUAUUGUAGAAAUGCAGAAAUUAACAGUAUAUUUUGUUUAAUGUAGACUAUCUACUGAAUUAUUGGGUAAUUUGAAAUACUAGGUUGAAUUUGUUUAAGAAAAUGGAAGAACCAGCGAUUCAUCAGCAAUUAGAAAGUACUGAAAAAUUGAAAAAGUUCAAAUACUAUUUCAAUGAAAAAGGACAGCUGAGGCAUACUGAAACAAACGAGCCAUUUGUCUUUAAACAGCAUAGUUAUGCAACCAGCUGGAACCACCAAUGGUACAAAGCCUUUGGAACAACUUUGGCCGAGUAUGUCUACGAACUCUUGGAGAAAGAAUGUCGGCUGAAACGAGUCUAUAUUCCCGUUAAUGGCGGCAGAAGUUUCUGUUUCAUGAGUGAACGGGCUUUGAGCAAUCCUUCCAAAUUGAUUGUUCUGAUGCAAGACCGUGGAGUGAUGAGGGCUGGCACCUGGUCCCAGCAAUUGAUUCUACAUGACUGCCUGGACACCGGCACUCAAAUCCCUUUUAUUAAGAAAGCUUUGAGUGAGCGGUAUGAAGUAAUCGUGUUAAAUUCUAAUGACUUCAUGGCUGUUAACCAAGACGAUGACGCUGAAAAGAAAAAGCAACCUGAUUCCGAUGAAAGAGAAUUAAAGCUUGAACAGACACUAAUCGGGGGUGUUGAAAGUGUGGAAGCGUACACCAUCUACAUUUGGGACCAGUUUAUAUCAAAGUGUCCGGAUAAUAGUGUAGCUUUCAUAGCGCAUGGCUAUGGCGGGUUGAUAUUUGUUAAUCUCCUGAAUGAGCGUCGAGAUGUCAUGAGUAAAGUAUACGCUGUGGCCUUCAUAAAUUCCGUUCAUGAUGCAGAUCACCAAAACGUUGGGCAAAUUGGUCGGGAUUGGAUUGAAAAGCACUGCCGUAAUUGGUUACUGAGUCCCAAACCUCUGGACAAGCCUGUCCCCUCCCUGAGGAUGGGCUGCGCGCAGGUUUCCGCCGGUACUGAAAAACCUCACUUGGCACCGAUGACCUGCUUUCACUCCAUUUUCAAGCACUUGAAGAAAGUUUCAAAUAUGCAGAAAGCUAAUCGCAUCAUUCGCUCGCCAAUUCUUACAAGAAGUUUAAGUAAGAAAAGCUAUAGAAAACAAGGAAAGAUGUAGUAGUUUCCCGAAUUUUGUCAAAUACAUCAACAAUAUUUGGUAACUUGAAGUCAUGAAUACCAAGCACUCUAAACAGAAACGUGUUUCUCUAUUGAUGUUUUCUCGAGUAUAUUAUGGGCUAUCUAGCUAUUUGAUUGCUUUAAGGAUGCCACGCAAAGUUGUAAACAUGUGCCCAGGCUAAAUUCCAAACUAUCCAAUGAAGAUUUUUACUUUACGGUGAAAGUACAUUCGGGAGACGUGAUUUUUUUUUGUAGUGUUCUUCCUGGUCACUCGAUUGUUCAUGUAGAUAUCUUUGACCUGUUCCUAUAUACAGGAGCCGGGGUAGUAGGGGGGAAUUGCUGUAAAACUUCGAAUUUUCGGUAUCUUUCAACACUUCCCCUCUACAACGAAAUUAAAGCUUUCUAUUUUGCCACUUGUGUGAAUGUUCAACGGAUUCUUAACUGUACUUUCGAAAUACAACCAUGUGUUUGAGUGCCACUAACUCUGUAUUCAGUUAGCCGCCACCGGAUUGUUAUAGUUUGGUUUCAUGUGAACUUCGAGAAUUUUUUGUUCUGACCUUUUAUAGUAUGUCAGUUACGUGGCGUGAUACACAUUCGACCACUUUGAGAAAAAAGGUAUCUCAAUAGUGUCAUAGGCCACAAUAAUUCUGACCAACUGGACAGUUUAUUUAGAAUGGUCUGUAUUACAUUCAUUGCCUUUAUGCUGUAGCUUAAUUUUGACUGGAAUAAAAUUUGACCAAUCUCUGUUUUGACUGAUUACUACAAAAUGAACACUUAAUGGAUUUUAUAUUAUAAAAGAAUCAUGAGAUCCUAGUGUGAUCACCUUUUGCGUAUAGGCAUUGGAAUGUUAUGUUGAAGUAAUUUAGCAUGUUGGUGAGGCCACUCUUUGGAGUAGUUCCAAUUCUGAUCAUAUAGUUAUAGAAAUGGAGAGGGUUCAAAAAAAUUUACCAGGAUGUUGGUUUGAAUUAUAAGGAUAGGCUGGGAUUUUUUCACUGCAGCAUAAGUGGCUGAGAAGAUUUAAACCUUUUAGAGAUUUCUAACAUCAUGAGGGGCAUAAAUAAGGUGAAUGGCAAGUGUCUUUUUCCCUCAGGUAAGAAGUUCAAGACCUGGCAUGCUUUUAAGGUAAGAAACAUUUUUAAACAGGUUUUUUUGGUUCAUGUGUGGAAAUGAAGUGGCAGGUACAGUUCCAAUGUUUAAAGGAUUAGUACAUGAAUAGGAAAUGUUUGGAAGGAUAUGGGCCAGCACGGGCAUGUGGAACUAGUUUAAUUUGGGAUCAGUGGUUGGACUGCAAUAUCUGAUUCUAUGACUAAGAAAUAAUUGGCCUCCGUUUCUGAUGGAGGAAGGUGAAAAUCUCAUGAUUCAUGCACAUGGUUACUAUACACCAUGUUUCUGGAUAAUGGAUAUUAUUUGAAGAGUAGCUUGGACUUGGUUCUGCUGUUCUACUCCUUCUCAAUGUACUACACCCCCACUGUAAAGUAAUUAGAGCAAUAAGUCACUAGGGCAUCUUCAGCAGCAUUCCCCAAGUCUGAAACUUUUACCAGAGAAGGACAAGGGGAACAGGUGUGUGGAAAUAUACCAUCUGAAUUAGAUCUAUCAUCAGAUCUUUGGGUGCAUCAGAAUUUUGACUCCGGCACAAACUAAAUGCAUUAAGGAAUCAACAUCACAACACUGGCAGUUAUAAUCCAAGAAAUCUCUUUAAGGGGCAAAUAGGUAAUGGAAACAUGAAUAAAUUUGUCUUGUCAGCAAUGUUCCUAUUCUGUAAAUGGAAAAUUCAUUUCCUCCCGUAUCUGUGCUUGCCAAGGAAGGGAAAAAGUCAUUAAAAUGACAACACCAGUAGAUGCUGCUUGUAAUUGAAUAAGGGCAAGUUCUGGGUUUGGCUCCUGAUUUAUAACUUAAAGACUACCACUGCCGGUGGUGGUGGUAGUAGUAGAGUCAAAGACAUUAGGGACUUUUAA